AUGAUGUGUACCCGAGAGUUUAAUUGCGCUGAUGCGGUGGCUUCGCAUAUCUUACGUUCCCACGGGUGGCUGUAUCAUUGUGAUUGCGACAAGAGAUUUGUUUCACUGGCUGCUCUGUUUAACCAUUUGGAGAGCGAAUCAUGCAACCACAUUUCUUUCGAGGAUGUUCCAGCGUAUAUGGACACAUUGAUGUACCAGGUCCAUAAUAGCCUGGAAAUCGACCUAUAG